CAGCCCAGGACACGUGAGACGUAGCUCGUCUUUGGAGGCAAAAUGGAGGCCGGCGGGGCGGCCAGUGCAACUGGGUAACACGGAGUGACUUCAACGCCGCUUGUUUCAAUUUAGCGGUUUAUCCUGGUGGGAACGUGUCAUGCCGCAGCAACUGAAUUGCCCAAAAACGACUUGUGUUGUCCAAACUAUGACGUUUAGCAGCAAUGUAAACCUUGACUAUUACGUAUCGAUUCCGAAACUUCCGAGUUGCGGUAAUGCACCCCUGAACGCAACAUCAAGGCUAUUUUUGCGCUUAACCAGAAAGUAGCAAGAUGUUCGACGUCUUCUGAUUUGGUCACCUGUGCUUUCCUCGUACAUUUGUUAGGCAAAAUCAAGUCAACUCUAUUCGUUACGUGUUUUGAUUAGUGUAUACGCGGUUAUAUCCGUCCAUUUUCUACACUGCUUAUCCCUCACUACUAGGGUCGCGGGCGUGCUGGAGACUAUCCCAGCUGACUGAGCGAGAGGCGGGGUACACCCGGAACCGAUCGCCAGCCAAUCGUAGGGCACAUAUAAACAAAUAACUUACCCCUGGAGUACCCGGGGAAAAAACACGCAGGCACGGGGAGAACAUGCAAACUCCACGAAAGCGAGGCCGGAUUUGAACCCAGGUCUUCAGAACUGUGAGGCAGAUAUGCUAACCAAUCUCCAGCGUGCGGGCUGCGCGGUUGUAUAUUUUCUUUAAAAAUAAAAAAUUAUAUUCAAGAUAUUUUUUUUUUGUAAAUACAGUUACAUAAAACCACAUUUCCUCUUGUGGCAUGGCAUGUUUUUCCUUCGUUCGUGUUUUAAUUAAACUAUUACUACUAUUGUAGAUAUAAGUUGUACAUACGUCAGCUGCCCCGGAAGUUUAAACAAAUUUACCAAAUAACAUUGAGGAAAACGGCGUACAUUUUAUUUGCCAUCCAUCCACCCAUCCAUUUUCCGUACCGCUUAUUUUUAUUUUAUUUUUUUAAAGCCCUGUGAUAUAUAAAACGGUUUCCAAAAUAAUAACCAGGUAUAAAUAAUGGUUACAUAAUAUAAUUUACUAUAUUAUUAAGCAUAAUGAUCGCUUUGAACUUUGCCACACAUAAUCGGAACAUUUGUUCGUUUAGUUUUCAACACGGUAGUUCUUGAGCGGUACCGCAGUAGUAGUUCACAGGGUUCAUUGCUUAUAUUAAACAAAUGUGUCAAACUACUGCAGACGAUAAAAUAAGACUUAAUGCUAUUCAUAACUAAUAAAUAUGUUUUUUAUGUUAGAAUACAGCGAGGUUUCACGUUUAUGAAUUUGCAACGGAACUCUGUGAACUCAGCCAAUUAGCGCCGAGUAUAAUAAGCGUUGCCGCUUUUCAUUGGUCAAAAUGGUAGGCGGCCCCGACUUUUCUUCCUGGCGUUACCCUAAUGACACUGCAGACGAUAAAAUAAGACUUAAUGCUAUUCAUAACUAAUAAAUAUGUUUUUUAUGUUAGAAUACAGCGAGGUUUCACGUUUAUGAAUUUGCAACGGAACUCUGUGAACUCAGCCAAUUAGCGCCGAGUAUAAUAAGCGUUGCCGCUUUUCAUUGGUCAAAAUGGUAGGCGGCCCCGACUUUUCUUCCUGGCGUUACCCUAAAAUAACUCCGACUCCCCCAUGGGUGAAGGUUCACUUGCGGUGACUCAGUUACGUCCGCUGUCCACAACUUCAUUCCACCGGUUCACCUACCAUGUCUGGUCGCGUCCUCGUCGGUGUCAAGCGUGUCAUUGACUACGCAGUUAAGAUCCGGGUGAAGCCAGACAAGAGCGGCGUGGUGACCGAUGGCGUGAAACACUCGAUGAACCCCUUCUGCGAGAUCGCUGUGGAGGAGGCGGUCAAGCUGAAGGAGAAAAAACUCAUUAAGGAAGUGGUGGCAGUGAGCUGCGGGCCGCAACAGGCACAGGAGACCAUUCGCACUGCCCUCGCCAUGGGAGCUGACCGGGGCAUCCAUGUGGAGGUAUCUGGCAAGGACUACGACAACUUGGGACCCCUGCAGGUCUCUAAGAUCAUGGCUGCUUUGGCCAAGAAGGAGGAGGCUCAGCUCGUAAUACUUGGGAAACAGGCCAUCGAUGAUGACUGCAAUCAGACGGGACAAAUGACAGCAGCCCUCCUUGACUGGCCUCAGGGGACCUUUGCUUCAGAGGUGAUGCUGGAAGGCGACAAGGUGAAAGUGGUGCGUGAGAUCGAUGGCGGCCUGGAAACCAUCAAGAUCAACACACCUGCCGUGGUCACCGCGGACCUCCGACUUAACACACCCCGCUAUGCCACACUGCCUAAUAUCAUGAAAGCCAAGAAGAAAAAAAUUGCCAACGUGAAGCCGGCCGAGCUGGGUGUGGAACUGACAUCCCGGCUGGAGGUGCUACGGGUGGACGAGCCCCCGCAGAGGCAGGCUGGCAUCAAAGUGGAGACUGUGGACGAUUUGGUGGGCAAACUCAAGGAGACGGGCAGCAUAUAACAAAGCCGGAAGGCCAUAUAAAAGCCAAUGUAGCUCGGAACACAAGAGCCAGGUAAGUAUGGUAGUAGUAGAUUACGGAAGUAUAAGAUUCCUAUGGGGAAUGUGUAUAGAGACAUAUACAGUGUUGCCUUAAGAUACAAGUUUAAUGUGUUCUGUGACCAUGCUCAAAACACUUGUAUCUCAAAUCAUUGAUCUUUCCAGAGACCCCAAAAACACAUAAAAAUGUGCAUCAUGUAUUUCAAUAAGAACUGUAAUCAACAUUAUUGUACUUUAUAAACCAAGAUAUAGUAAUAACAAUUCAAUAAGAUGUAAAAACAGUUUUUGGAUCGUUAAUAUUCAGUGGGCAUUGUGCCGCUCUUUUUGGGGUGUGUGCAUUGUCCACCAGGGGGCAGUAAAAUACAUAGACAUACACGUAAAUGGGAUGAAGAAACAUGUAGCAACUAAGCUGCAAUAUUAUUAGUUGUGUUUUGCAGAGGAUAAAGACUAUAUGCUGUUAGCAUUGUUGUAUGCACUGUCUGCAUGUAUUACUAUCAGUUGUUCUGGUAAAAAUUGUUUAAAGGUUUAUAAUUACUGCUAGUUUUUACUUUUAGAAAUGGUAGUUUCGUUAGCCCGUCUAUGGCGUUUCUCGUUGUGUUCGCAUUAAGCAAGCUGACUCUAUUUGGGGAAAUUGACCUCAAUUUUGUUCCACGUUAAAGGUUCCUCUGGAUAUAGAAUUAUAACGCAGGCAUGCACGGAAGUGGCCUCUCAAUCUUGUUUCCCUGACAAAUAAAUUUCCUAAUUGUUACUA